GAUAUCCGGCUCGAAGGACCAAAUUGUUUGAGAGAAAGGACCACAGGUGCUUAGGAGGUUAUAGUUCUCGCCUUGGAGCGUCUGUCAGAACGCAGGACAGGAGGCAGGAAUCAGUUUGAACAGUUUACUGAACUUUCUUCAGCAGCACAGACAUACAUUCGACAGCAACAUUGCCACACUUUACAAUAUAGGUACAAAGUUGGAUGCAGCAGUUGGCACUCAGCUUAUGUUUAUGGAGAUGGUAGAUUUAGAUCAUAAUCAUAAGCAUGUUGGUUGUGUGUGUGUGGCUGCAAAUAAACAAAACAGUAAUCAAUGUUACAUAAAGCAUAAUUAUUGAUGUUGAUUAGCUAAGCAUCAUGUCUAGCACAAUACAACAGCUUAACCAGGCUGAAUCAUAACUUAGAAGUCACAAUUUCUUCACUUAUUAAAUUGUACAUAACAAAUAAUAAGGUAUGUGUUUCAAUAAUCCAAGAGCAACACUUCAAUCUCUAACAAACAACGUGCAUGAACAUUUUACAAUGACGUUCAUCCUAUACUAACGAUAUGGCAUGACUCAUCAAUUCUAUCGAGUGGAUGUAUUACCCAAAUACUCGAUUAUUUCUAGAUAUUCACAUAUAUAAUAAAUCUUAAACAAAUGAUGAAAAAUUAGAGACUCACUUUUCUCAAAUGGACGCACACAGUUAUUAAUAAUUAACCCCAACACUGCAUCGCGACUUCAGGAACAGUUUUCCUGUGGCGUAGCUGUUAUUCUCAUGUACAAUCACUUCCAGCACAUCUACUAAAAGCCACUAGAUGGCGCUUUUGCGCUACCUUUGUAACAAAUGGUGUGUUGUACAGGGUUUCAAAGAAUAGUGUCACCAAGAGAAAAACUUACCUGUAUGUUGUGCCGGAUGCAGUGAAAACCAUGGUGUUGAAAGGCAUUCACGAUCAAGCAGGACAUCAAGGUCAGCAGCGGACUCUAUAUCUUGCGGGGCAAAGGUUCUUUUGGCUUGGCCUAGAGAAGGAUGUGCGGGAGUAUGUGAGGUGCUGUCGUCGAUGUGUGAUCAGCAAGACGCCCGAACCGGAGGGUUGUGCACCGUUGGAGAACAUCAUUACAACCGAGCCCCUUGAACUCGUUUGCAUAGACUAUUGGUCAGCGGAGGACUCUGCCAACCGGUCCCUGGAUGUUCUUGUUGUUACAGAUCACUUCACAAAAAUGGCUAAUGCCAUUUUUGUGUCCAAAUCAGUCUGCCAAAGCAGUGGCACAUCAACUGUGGCAUAACUAUUUCUGUGUUUAUGGCUUCCCAAGCCGAAUUCACUCUGAUCAAGGAACCAACUUUGAGAGUGGCCUGAUCGCUGAACUAUUGAAUAUCGCUGGAGUCCAGAAAUCGAGGACAACUCCAUAUCAUCCUAUGGGGAAUGGCGCUUGUGAGAGGAUGAACAGAACCCUGGGCAAUAUGAUACGUGCUCUGCCAGCAAAGACCAAGCACAAAUGGCCGCAGGUACUCAAAUCGCUCACUUUUGCGUAUAAUUGCACCAUCCACGAGACCACAGGGUAUGCUCCUUUCCUGUUGAUGUUUGGGAGGAUUCCAAGGCUGCCCAUUGACCUGGUGUUUGGAUCUGUUCUAGACAAUCCUGAUGUUUUGUCUUAUGACAAGUACGUCCUGGCUCUUCGGAGAGAUAUGAAGGAAGCAAUGUGUGUCGCUCAAGCAUCUGCCAAGGAACAGCUUAAGAGACAUGCUGAUUUGUACAAUAGGAGAGUUAAGGUCGGACCAAUUGAUGUUGGUGAUAGAGUUUUGCUUGCCAACAAAGGAGCACGUGGAAAACGGAAGCUUGCUAACCUUUGGGAGGAUACUGUGUACACUGUUGUUGGACUUAAUGCAGACAGUCAUACCUACAGAAUUCAGCACAGCGGUACUGGUGUUGUGAAGACUGUACAUCGUAACCUUAUAAUGCCAGUUAACUUUCUUCCUCUUCCUGAUGAUGAUUUGGAAGGUGAGCCAUCCGAAGACCACCUGAGUGGCUCAGAGAGCGUUGAUUCUGUGGUUGCUGACGUGUCUGUGGAUGCUACCAAUUACAGAACACGAGAGUGGGUAUCGCAGCUACCUUCUGAUGAUGCAGACUUGGACAAUGUGGAGGAAGCUACAGAUGAUUUUGAAACAACACAGGCUGUGGAUCCGACUCAGGCAAAUUAAUUAGACCAUAAUGUGAUUGACAGCUCUAACAAUGCCCAGCUGGGACCAGAGGGUAAUGAGGAUGUUAAGAGUAUGGACAAGAGUGUACAUGAAUCUGCUGUAGAGCAAGUUGAUAAUGCUUCUGUUUCUUUGAUUGUUUCAACACCUAUUGGUGGUCGUUUUGAGGAAAACAAUUCAGAGUCAAAUACCAGUGUUCAUAACUUCCCUGCUGGAAGUUCACUAAGUCGUGUGAGAUCCAGGGCUGGUAGAUUGUUUAAACCAGUGACUAGAUUCAUUGAGAUAAUGAACCAGCAAAAAGUUCUGGGGUGAACAUAAAUAUGUUGCUUGAGCGAUUUUUUUUUAUUAUAAUUUUUUUUGUUUUUUUUUAAUGGUAACUGAUCUUUUGCUUUUCUUCCUGGUAUACAUUCUGCGGGUAUUAGUUAAUGUCAAUUUAAAUGUUACAGUGAUGUUUUAUUCAUGUAAUUUGGUUAUUUUGAGAGAAUGUGAUAUAUUAAUAAUUUGAGACUGGAGUGAAGUCUCGCUGCUGAGCAACUUGUGCGUCCAAAUGUAUGAAUUGUCAUUGGUUAGCUAACAUGUAACGGGCAUGUUUUUCAAAGAGUGUCUAGGGGAUUGGCCACCCCUCUUUUCACUUUAAUUCCUGUGGGGAAUAGUGUCUACACUGAAUUGAACUGACAAUUUCAUGAAAUUUUGAACACUUUGGAACACUUUUUAUUUUAUUUUUAUUUUAUUUUUUGAUCCUCUCUUCUUAAUGUAAAUGGUUAUUGAGGUUAUGUAUCUGAUGUAGUUCGGUAGUCUGUAAUGUGUAUGUAUUUUUUUUUUUGGUCACUAUUUUGGAGCUAUUUGUGCAGAAGCAAGUGGAAUUCAACAGGGGGGAGUGUAACAGGUCAAAUAUGUGCUUCCACUUGCUACAUUGAUUUUCAUGUAUGGCCCCUUUAAUUGCACUCUCCGCCCAGAUCUGGUAGGAUGAUUAAGGGUUCAGGUAGAGUCAUUGGACUCGCGCCAGUCAAGAGUGUGAAUGGCCGCAGUGUAAUAAACAUCCAUCUUAAAAUUACGAUUUGGUGUCCGAGUUCAACACAACACAACGCAGAGACAACACUGUUACAAUGGCAAGAGACACUUUAUUAAAAAAUGAGAACUAAAAGGCCAACACGGCAAAAACAAAACCGAAACAACCAGAGGGAACAAGCCGAAAUAACACAAGCACUAGAAACAUACAGUACGUAAUACAACUAACAUACAAUAAUCCAGGCAGGCAGAUCACUGCUCUCCUGCUAGUUAUACUACAACAGUUAUGUUUUCAAUCCAUUUACACAAGCUCCAGUCUGGAUCCAGAACACCUGAGAAGAGAUGAUGCUGACCCUCAGAGGACCUCAGAU